ACCUUGUAGACUUGCGCACGAUGGGGACAGAGAGUGCGUGGUCGCCGAUCGCGACCGUCUACGACCCGCUGCGUGCCGGCAGCAUCGACGGCACGGACGAGCUCGCCCACGACCGCGCCGUCCAGAGGGCGCUUUCGGUCAAAUACGUCGCGCCGCGUCACGCGCCCAGCGAGCCACGCCGCACCGUCUUCGUUGGCCGGCUGAGCGGCAUCACUGACGAGGGGGCGCUGCUCGACGCGUUCUCGCACCACGGCGCCGUCGCGCGCUGCCACCUGGUGAGGGACCUCGUGACGGGCGCGUCACGGCGCUACGCGUUCGUCGAGUUUGAGCGAGAGCGCGACGCGGAGCGCGCGACGCGCGACGCAAACAAGACGAUCAUCGACGACGCCGAGCUCCUCGUCACGAUGGAGUGCGAGAGGGCGCUACCGGGCUGGGUUCCGCGCCGGCUCGGCGGAGGUUUCGGCGGCCGAAAGGAGUCGGGGCAGCUGCGGUUCGGCGGCGCCGAUCGGCCGUUCAAGAAGCCGAUACAGAUGCUGCGGCAGCGUCUGGAGGACGGCUCGACGCGGCACGGCCGUGGUUCCGAUCACAGGGGUGCGAAUAGGGAGUCGGGUGUGCGGGGCGGGUCUGGGGAGGGGAUGCAGGAGAGGUACGGACGCAAUGGCGACAUGCACAGGAGAUACGGACGAGAGAGAAGCGCACACGAUGUAGAGCGGUCGCCACGGGAGAGGCACAGGGAUAGAGAUCACUUUACAAGUAAUAGUCACUCGUAUAAGUAGCAGCCAGAUGUCUUGAGAAGAAGGAAACAAAUUGCAGGCAUCAGAUUGAUAGACGUGUAUAGUGAGGGGAAGGGAGAUUCACUAGUGCAUUCAUUAUCCCUAAUUAAUUGGGUCAGAUUCGACACUUAUUAUAUAGAUCAUAGCAUUGAAGUGUGAAAGAAUUCAAAUGCAGCUUGCUUUGGUCUGCGAUUGAAUCGCUUGCAUUGCACUAGUCCUGUGGGCUGUAUCGUAAUUGCACGUAGCAGACAGGUAUAGUUUAAUUAUUAGAGUAUUUAUUUGAUUUGGAAAUGCUUGCUCGUGAAUUUGUGAGUCGUUGUCAACAUUUGAGGAGAGGUUAUCAUGGUUGACAUAAUUAUAUAUUACACAUGUAUGUGAAAAUCUCUUGUCUUAGAAAAGUUUUUAUCUUGGUGAAAGAUUCUACAAACCACAGCAAAACUGGUUAUGUGCCUUAGAGUGAUUUAUCAUGACAAACUGACAAUAUAUAGGUAAUUUAUUUCCACACGAAAUGCGGCCGGUAACGUACAAUGCUUCACACCAGUAUUAUACAUAGUACCAGUAUAUAACAUAACUGUUUAACAGGAUUCCGAUUGAAUCGCUUGCAUUGCACUAGUCCUGUGGGCUGUAUCUAUGUACUGCUAAUUAUGUUCUACAUAAUUAUAGCGGAGCUUUGUCGAGGCCAGAAUGCUAGAACGCUAAAAUGCUAGAACCAUUUGACAAUGCGCACUUUGGAAAAUAACCAUUAUUUUGUCCAUAAUAAUAAAGGAUAAUAUAAUAUAUUAUAUAUAUAUCAUAUAAGGAGAACGAAAUGCCCCCAGAACGCAAUGUAUUCGUAAGCAGUGGUAAAAAAAACAAGUAAUGAUAUCCGAGGUUGUGCAAGA